AUGGAGCAACAUCUCAAUGAAGCAGCACUGAAAAACUCAAUAAAACAGAUCCCAGUUGUUUUUGUAAACAAUGUCGAUACAUAUAGUGGAUGGAAUAUAUCACAUUUUCUUGCAAACAGUCGUAUUAAUGGCACAUUAUCUGAUAAUACUAGUGUAGACCGACAGGUGAGUUACGAAUCUCAAUUACAAACUACUGAUGAUCAAGGUCUUGUUUACCAGGUUUAUGGAACAAAAACAAAAUUUGACAGCAAAAGUAAAGAAGAUGAACUAGGAUGUUCAACUGAACCAUUAGGUAUGCUGAAUUUGGAUAUAUCUCAUUGCAAACAAAUACUGGUUAAUGAAGAAAGGGAAAAAUUAUUGGCUCUCCUUCUUGAGUGUAAUAUUAUUAUUUAUGACAUAACUGAUAUUGAAGAUCCAGACCAAGUUGAAGAAGCCCUUUGGGCGUUGUCAACUCUUCAUUCUACUGCAGAAAGUUUUACAUCGAGAAAAAUAUUCAUCCUUGUCUCUACUAUUCUUACUUGGGCUCGAACAAAACCUUUAGACCCAGAAAAUCCACAAAGUCCAUUAACUGAAGAAGAAUAUAAGCGCAGAAGAGCACACCCUGCUUUCAAGAGACAUUUAACUGCUGAAAAAGAAAUUAUCAGACUUGGAAAGAAAAAAAGUAAAAUGGUAAUGUAUGUUGUGACAUCUGGAAUUACCUAUGGUGGAGGUGAGGGUUUUUUGCAUUAUUGGUUUAAAUGCGGUUGGCACAAUAACCCAGUAAUUCAAUAUCCUGGAGAUGGACAAAAUAUAGUACCAAUGAUACAUAUCAAAGAUCUAGCUUCCAUACUACAAAAUGUAAUUGAAAGAAAACCGUCCAUCAGAUAUAUAAUUGCUGUAGAUGAAGGGUUUAACACUCUAGAUAAUAUAUUUAAAGCCAUAAGUUUAGAACUCACAACCGGUGAAGUCAUAGGAGUUCCAAAAGAAUAUUUUCUGUCAGUGGAAGAUAUACCAAACAAAGCUUUAGAUAUGCUGGAAGUGAACAUUCAUGUUCAACCUGAAAUAGUAGAAGAGGACAUGUCUGUGACAUGGGUAUCUAAAGAUGGUUUUACUCAAAAUAUAAAAACUUGUGUACAAGAAUACAAAGAAAAGAGAGGAUUACAACCAAUUCGUCUUUGUGUACUUGGUCCUCCAGUUUCUGGUAAAACAACAAUUGUAAACAGUUUAUGUGCACAUUACAAACUUCAUCCAAUCCAAACAGAAAAGAUUGUUCAAGAAAUGCUUGAAGACCUAAAAGAAAAAGCAGCUGAAGAAGUUACAGACAGUAACAAUGAAGAAGUGGAAAAUGCAAAAGAACAACUACAGGAUAUUUUAUCAGGUCAACUUGCUAACAACGGAGAGAUCCCUAAUCAGUAUGUCAUAAUGUUUGUUCGUAAAAUGAUAAAUUCUAAGCCUUGUCAAAACCAAGGAUUUGUAUUGGAUGGAUUUCCUUCUACUGAAGAACAGGCUCGAGAGUUGUUUGCUGUUGUAGAAGAGGCAGAAGAAUUAGAAGAAGAGGAGUCAGCACUUUAUAAAAACAGUAUUAUGCCAUCUCUAGUAAUCAACUUAAAUGCUUCAGACGAAUUUCUCCGAGAAAGGGCAAUGAAUAUGCCACAAGAAGAGCUUGAGGAGAAGCAGUACUCAGAGGAGACAUUUCUAUAUAAAUUGGCACAUUACAGAAACUUACAGUUGGACGAUAUUACAGCUGUUGAGUAUUUUGAUGAAAUGGAGAUCCAUGUUGUACAGAUUGAUGUGACAGCUAAUGUUGAAGAACAUAUCAAUGAUAUACAAACCAAAAUCAUUGGUAAACCUCACAAUUAUGGUCCUUCUAUAGAAGAACUUAGAGAACGAUACAAAAAGAAAAUGGAAGAAAAGGCAAAAAAAGAAAAAGAAAUGGCAAUAAAACAAAGAGAAAAAGAAGAGGAAGAAGAAAGACAGCGACGAAUACGAGAGGAAGAAUGGGCUCAGUGGUUGAACCAGAUUCAGAGAGAAGAAAAGCGAUGGUUGGAAGCUCAGUCCACUCCUUUACGUAACUACCUGAUGGAGCAUGUAAUACCUACUGUAGCAGAAGGAUUGUUAGAAUGCUGUCGAUUAAGACCUGAUGAUCCUGUGGACUUUCUUGCAGAAUAUCUGUUCAAGCAUGCAAUGCAUGAGUAAAUAAUUUACACAAAAACAUAAUCAUGACCAUUCUCUAUCUCACUUAUU